GCUGUGCGAAACUGAACAGCCAAAGCCAAACUUCGAAUUCAUUUGAUUCGAUUAGACUACAUGUAUUACGAUAUACGCGUGCGGACUUUUUUUCCGUUUCGUGCAUCCGCCUGCAACUGGAUCGGCAUCCGAGGCGGAAAUGGAGCCCGCCGACUCGGCGAACGGCGCUCUCUAUAUCUCCAUCGAUCCAGGCGCGUCGGCUGUUUGGUGAUUUCUCUUGGAUUGUUGAGACAGUCUCCAAGAACUUGCCAAGUUGUAGUAGAAAAGUAGAGGAGGGCAAGAGCGGACGCGCGGCGGUGGCGGCGGCGGCGGCGUGGCCGAGCGAUGAGGAUCCGUAGAGGGGACCAGGUGGAGGUGUGGACGCAGCGGGCGGGAUCGCCGGUGGGCGCGUGGCGCGGCGGGGAGGUCACGUGGGGCAACGGCCACUCGUACACCCUGCGGUGGAACGACUGCGGCGAGGUGUCCGGGCGCAUCUGCAGGAAGUCGGUCCGCCCGCGCCCGCCGCCCGCGCCAGUGCCGCACGAUCUGGACGCCGGGGACGUGGUGGAAGUGUUUGAUGACUGUGAUUGCCUCUGGAAGUGCGCCGAGGUCCAGGGUUCAGCCGCCGCCGACGUUCGCCACUUCGACGUCAAGAUCGUCGGCGCGGCCAAGAUCCUGACGGUCCCGCUGCAGAGGCUCCGCGGCCGGCAGGUGCUCAGGCACGACGACGUCUGGGUCCCGAUCCACAAGCAGGAUAACCAUAUCGCCGUCCCGAGCGCGACGCCGCAUCGUGCCAUCGUCGCCGCCAUGGACAUCGGCUCCAAGCCCAUGGAGCCAGGCUUCACGCCGCACGUGCAGAAGAGGAGCUUCGGAAUGUUACCUUCUGACACAAGCACCCGUGCCAAGAGAUUUCAGGACGACGCCAAGAGGCUUAAGCAAGAGCCAGGACGUGGGGUACAAGUGCGAGUCCCAAACGUGUGCCUGAGCAACAAGCAGGACGAGACGAGCAAAGAUUGUGACAACGACGUUAGAGUAGGCUUUAAUCCCGAUGAUGAUAGUGACCAUUGGCAGCAGCAGCACGAACACGAUGAGGAAGAGGAAGAAAACGGAGACGACGAUGACCACAGUGAUUCCGACUCGUCUUCAGAUGACUGCAGCAGUGGCAGUGAGAGCAGAACCAGGAGCAUCGAAACCGGCAAGGAUUGGUCUGCAGCUCCAGCUCCCACCAGCAGGCCUUGUAAAGACGAUGAUCAGCAGGAACCCGUCAAGAAAGAAGCACCACCCGUCAAGAAAGAACCACAUUGUGACGGCGAGCCCCCGAAGGAUGAGAUGGGGGCGACGGCGCGGGAACAAAUCCACCGUCUGGAGCUGGAGGCCUACGCUGCUCUCAUGAAGGCGUUCCAUGCGAGUGGCAACCCGCUGAGCUGGGAGAAGGAGGGGUUGCUCAGUGACCUUCGCGUGCAUCUCCAUAUCUCUAACGACGAGCACCUCAAGGCGAUCAACGUGAUCUUGAACCGCAAGGGGAGAACUCGCUGAUUUUGGAUCAGCACACCUGUACUAUAUAGGAUCACUAUGCAUCUUCGGUCACAUCCUUGUGUCACCAUUGUUGUUGUAGUCGUCGUGUAGCUAGGGAUAACAAUGGACUCUAAAUUUUACACUAUAAGAUUUAAGGAUCAGAUCAGGUUAA